AUGUUGGCUGCGGGUAACAACCCACAUCACCCGUACGCCACAUUGGUGACCUCUUCAAAAACGAACACGCACCCCGAACACGUGCUCCAACACCGCGUAAGUCGCGCACGCCGAACACGCGCUCCAACACCGCGUAAGUCACGCACGCCGAACACAAUGACAGCUCAGACAGACCAGCAACACGGCUUCUCCGGCGCUCCGGAUCAGGUACUCAGCCGAGCACACAUGGUUGCGCUCAAUACCUCGACUCCUCAGGCCAGUUCCGUCCGAGUUCUCUCCAUGCCGCACACGCUGUUCAUCGUGCAGGCAAGAACUCGCGUUCACCACCGGUCGGACGCUCCGACCCCGCGACCUCCAUCGCUCAAAGAGCAGAUUCGUCGCACGCCGCCUCCGCCGCCGGACAUCACUCGUCUCUGUCAUCGUUCUCAACUCUCAAACUAA